GAGAGAGAGAGAGAGAGAGAGAGAGAGAGAGAGAGAGGUGGGUUGUGGAGUACGUGUCUCUUUCAUGUACCGAAUCUCAGCUGACGGACAACAACAAACCGAUAGUACUGUAACUAAUGUCGCUGGUUCGGGCGCUAUACAGUCUUGACUCUUAGGCUCCUAAGACUACACACACGCACCUGAUGAACUAUUCUAGGUUCAUAUCCAAACAGUCCUCCAGGAGGAAGCCAUCUUGCAUCAGUGAACUACGGAGGGCUUUAGAAAAUGGUUCUCCAUCACUGGUAUGGCUAGCUUCAGGAAUGCCCAGUCCUGAGAAAUUUCCAUUCCGGGAGAUGACUGUGACUCUGGAGGGAGGUAAGCAGCUGACCCUCAGCAAGGAGGCUUUGUCUACUGGUCUGCAAUACGGACCUUCACAGGGGUACCCACUACUUCGGAAGCAGCUGAAGAGAAUGGUAGAACAGUGGCACUCACCACCUCGUUGGGCUGAGAGUGACUUGUUAGUAACUGUGGGAAAUCAGGAUGGUGUAUCAAAGGCACUGGACAUGCUUCUAGAUCCAGAAGACUUUAUUGUUGUUCCAGAUCCUUGCUAUUCAGAUUUUCUGUGCAUGCUAACAGCUCUAGCACCACAGAUUGUGGCUGUUGGUGUGGAUGAUGAAGGAAUACGACCUGAUAUUUUAAAGUCGUCCUUGGAAAAAGCCAUCAGUAGUGGAUCAACAGGAAUACCUAAGGCACUAUACUUGGUUCCAAACUCUUGCAAUCCAACUGGUACAAACAUGAGCGAAGAGCGACGGCAGGAGAUCUAUGCCAUAGCACAACAAUAUGACCUCAUCAUUCUAGAAGAUGAUCCUUAUUUCUUUCUACAGUUUAAUGAAAAGCAACUGACAAGUUUCCUGAGUAUGGAUGUAGAUGGCCGGGUGCUGCGUUUUGAUUCCUUCUCCAAAGUUAUAAGUUCUGGGCUGCGUAUUGGCUGUGUGACAGGUGCUCCUCCAUUGUUGCAAGGAAUCACCCUGCAUAUGCAAGCCAGCUGUAUCUGUCCUCCAAUGCUUUCACAGGUUCUGAUCCAUGAGUUGUUAACAUUCUGGGGUGAUGAAGGCUUUAAGAAACAUAUAUCAGAUAUAUGUCAAUUUUACAAGGACCGUAGAGAUGCCAUGAUCCAGGCACUUGAAACCCAUCUGAAUGGGAUCUGUGAAUGGAUUGUUCCUGAAGGAGGCAUUUUUGUCUGGUUGAAGGUCUUGCAUCUGAAUGAUACUAGUGCAAUGCUGCUGGAGAGGGCAGCAAAGGGAGACGUUGUGCUAGUUCCAGGAAGAGAAUUUAUGGUGGACUCCACCAAACCAUGCCCCUACAUGAGGGCAGCAUAUUCCUGUGCCACACCAGAGGAAAUGAUGAAGGGCAUGGAGAAUUUAGCAAAACUCAUUCAGAAGGAAAUUGAGCUCCAGUCGACACACAAAUGAAUGCUUAACAUCACCAAACUAAUGCAGAUAUGAAGCUAUUUGUUGUUGUUGAUAAUAUUUAGAAAUUCUAUAUGUGAUAUUUUGAUAUUAGAGCUGUAAAAUCUGGUCAGUAUAAGAUGUCUAGUAUAUUUUAAGGAUCAAACCACUACAUUUGUACCAUACCUCCUACCAGUAGCUAUGCCACUUGUUGAUAUACUGAGAGCAGUAACUGAUGGAAGAAGUAAGGAAACAAAGAGAAAUAUGUACAUUUUAAGUUAUCAUUUUAUUCAGCAUCAUUAGUAUUGCAGUCUUCUUUUCUAAUGUCCUUAUAUCACUCAGUCUUUUAUAGUUUUGCACUGUUGCUGUGACCAGUAGAUGUCAAACAUGUCAAUAAAAAGACUGACAGAAGCAAGUAGGGAAAGGAAAAUGUGUACAGAUUAUACAUCAAACAAAAUCACAAGUGCCUCAGCUUUCCUUUCUUGGCUCUAUAGAUGUCUCAAUCUUUUGCUUUUAUACUAGUAGCAGUCCAGCAACCUAUAAAUGAAGAGGACUGUUGACUGAUGGAAGUAGUAAGGAAGCAGAGAAAUGAAUGCUAAUCAAAGCUAUCAUACAGUUUGACAAGUGCCACAAUCUUCCUUUAUUUGCUAUAUAAGUCCCUCUGUCUUUCACUUUUAUACUAGUUACAGUCCAACAACAUGUAAGAUAAAUAUAAAUUAAUAGAAGCAAGGAGGCUAAGAAAUAUCUAUUAUACAAAACACCCACUCCCUGCUGGAGUUAACGUACUUUUCAACAAAAUAUGAUAGAAUGGCGAUAGGUUUCUACUACCAAUUCAAAUUUAAGACCCCACUGCAAAGAUUGGAUUAAUUGGCAAGAUCUUCAGCUCAGUAACCAACAGCUCCAUCUCAGCCUCAUCUCCAGCCACUGAUAAUGUAGCCAGGUUCCUAACAAGUCCUGUGUAUUUCUUUGAAUAUCUCAGUCUUCCAAUUUUUAUGCACACUACUUCACUAUUUCCUGCCAUCCUUAUGUUUCUUGCAUGCCACACCUUUGGGAGGAUUGCAGGAAGGAGAAAAGGAAGAGGCAAAAAGGUGUUAAGUGAAAAGAAAUG